AUGCCUGCAGAUCAGCAAGAACCUUCUCAGAAUCCUAACUCUGCUUAUUAUCUAAGCAAUAGUGAUUUGAAUGCCACAAAAUUAGUGAGCAUUGAAUUUGAAGGAAAAUGUUUCAGUGAUUGGAGGAGGUCAAUGAUGAUUGCACUUUCAACCAGAAAUAAAUUGUGUUUUGUUGAUGGCAGUUUGAAUCAGCCAGCACCAAAUUCUGCAAAUCACAGAAUAUGGAUCAGGUGUAAUGAUCUAGUAAUCUCUUGGAUGCUAGCUUCUCUUGAGCCAAAGAUUGCUAGGAGUGUUCUUUAUCUCAAAACUGCAAGAGCAAUUUGGCUUGAGUUGGAAGACAGAUAUUGCAGGGAAUCUGGUCCUCAACUGUUCUCAGUUCAACAACAAUUGAGUGAGUUAACACAAGGAGAUGAAGAAGAAGUAGCUAGUUUCUUCACAAAGAUCAAAAUGCUAUGGGACCAGCUAGAUGGACUAGAGCCAUUACCUGUUUGUGUUUGCACUGGAUGUAGCUGCACACUCACACAACAGUUGCUCAAAACACAGCAGAAUCAAAGGCUAAUUCAGUUUUUAAUGAAGCUGAAUGACAAAUAUGAGCAUCCUAAGAGCACUAUACUUAUGAUGAGUCCUUUACCUACAAUUUCAAAGGCAUAUGGACUGCUCCUUCAAGAAGAACAGCAGAAAGAAGUACACAAUCACAAACAUCAGUCACACACAGAGUCCACUGCAUUUAAUGCUAGGAGAUUUGACAAUAAACCUUACAAAGGACCAUACAAUAACAGCCCUAAUUCUCAGAAUACAGGAACUGGAAAUCAAUACAAAAAUUUCACCAACAGAAACAACCUAUAUUGUGAACAUUGCAAGAUGAGAAAUCACACAAUUGACAAGUGUUGGAAGUUACAUGGGUAUCCUAAAGAUUUCAAGGGAAAAGGAAAAAGAAUAGCAGCAGCAGCUUAG